AUGUCUCUUGAUCAUAUUUUCAAAACUAAUGAAAGAUGUAUUGCAACUGCGGAAAAACCUCUAAGAAGAGAUAUGUUUUGCAAAGAUGGAUAUUACCACGCAAUCGGUCAAAAACACUUGAAUAUUGAUGAUGAGAAGUUAAAAGAAUGUGAUCGCAAUAAGGAUUGCCCCGACGGAAGUUAUUGUCUAGAACGACAUCACAUAGGAAGAUGUUAUGAUAUUGAUGGACCGAAAGAAAAAGAAAAAAAAGGAAAAAAAGAUGAGGAAGAGAAGAAAAGUAAUGUUGAAGAAAAGGAUAAUACUUUGAUGAUUGUAAUUAUAAUUGUAUCAAUUGUAGUUUUAAUUGGUGUUGGAAUUGGUGUUAAAUUCUUCAUUUGGCCAAAAAUGAAACAAGCAAAAAUCGGUCAAAAUCAUUCAGUUGAAAAUGGACAAAAUAAGAAGAUGGAAAAGGCUAGCAAACAAAAAAACAUGAAGAAAGGAAACAAAGGAUCAAAUGUUUGA